AUGGUCCGAUUCCAACUGCGCACACUACCGCUCAGUCUGGUAGCGCUAGUGAGCGUGAUCCUCGUGGGCACCGCCUCGGCAAGCACUGCUAGGUCCGCGGCGUCGCCGUCACCGUCCGCCGGCAGCAGCGCCGAGCUCAUCUGCCACACGGACAACGCCGCCGAGUGCUACCCCAAGGUCUUCCAGCCGACGGACGAGUUCCAGCUCGUCCGCGCAGACCAAGACCUACCCUCGGGGCUGCACGUGCGGCUGAACGUGUGGACGGGCGAGAAGGAGGCCAAGAUCAACGUGCCCGACGAGGAGGCCGCCGCCGAUCAGCGCGCCGUCGUGGUCGUUGAUCCCGAGUCCCAGGAAGAACAGCAACAGCAGGCGCCCAGAAUCCCCGCCAACGCCCCCGCCUACGACCCCAUGGGCAAGAUCAAGGAGCCCCCCAAACAGGCCCCGUCCGAGGACAGCAGCAGCAGCGUGUUCUCCCAAUCACUGGCGGUGCUGAAGAAGGGGCUCGAUGUGGACUCUGCGCUGGAGGCGCUCGAGGACAUUUCGCACGACAUUUACUACGGGCUCAAGAUCGCCGAGGACUACGACACGGUGCGACGGCUGGUCUGCCUCGCCACCGCCACCGCGGACAACAACAAGGCAGAUGCUGACGACGCAACGACAACGCGCAACCGGCGCGCGCGCCUCGCCGCGCUGGCCAUCAGCUCGGCGGUGCAGAACAACCCCAAGGCGCUGAGCGAGAUCGAGAAGCACUGGGUCAAUCUAAAAAAGGAGCAGUGCGCGGGGGCGGCGUCGGCGCUAGGCAGCGCGGUGUUCCGAGUAAUGGAACCGCGGAGCGAUCCGGCGGUAGCGAAAGCGCGCGUGGCGGCCGUCAGCGGGCUGCUCAAGAACGACGCGAUCCGCAGGGAGUUUCUCGCGGGCGGUGGCAUGGACCUGCUGCUGGAGGUUCUUGCGGCGGGCGGUUCCUCAGAGGCGGCGGCGGCGGCGGUAGAUUGGGAGCCGGUGCAGCGCAAAGUGGCGCUCCUGUUGCUGGAUAACUUCCUCGACGGCGACAUGGGUGCGGCACUGGGAGAGUGGCCGCUUGGCCCGGCCGCUUCGGACAAGGCGUGCGCGGAAGUAGCGGGCAGUGGUAGUGCUGAGGGGGGCGAUUGCUGGGACUGGUACGUUAAACAACUGGGCCAGCGGUACUGGUCAGAUAAGAGCCACUGGAGCGGCGAGCUGUGGAGCAAACUGAAAGAACAGAGAAAGGCCAACGGCAGCGGCAAGGGCCGGGCCGCAAAGACGGAGCUCUGA